GCGCCCAAGUUUACCAAGAUUCCCGGGGACCAGAUUGGGGUCUCGGGAGGUGUGGCCUCGUUCGUGUGCCAGGCGUCAGGUGACCCCAAGCCCAUGGUCAACUGGAACAAGAAGGGCAAGAAGGUCAACUCCCAACGCAUAGAGGUGAGCUCACUCCACUCUCCAAUCUCUAAAGAUCAUAUUCCAUUAGCAACUUUUUGAGGGGUUUUGUUUUACCAUUUGUUGGACCAGCCUUUUCCUUUGGUUCCCAAUUCUCCUUCUUGGUCUCCUUCCUGGUUACUCACCUGGUUUCUGUCUCUUCCUGAUUCUUUGUCCUGGUUGUCCUUUGUCCUGUUUUCCUCCUCAUUCCAAACUGUUCCUGACUGUUUCUCUGCUGGCUGUUUCCUGAGUGUUCCUCCUCUCCCCUAGACGAUAGAGUUUGAUGAUGGAGCGGGGGCCGUGCUAAGGAUCCAGCCUCUCAGGGCCCCCAGAGAUGAGAACGUCUAUGAGUGUGUGGCCCGCAACAGAGAAGGAGAGGUGGCCACCACCGCCAAGCUGGCAAUCAUACGA